AUGGAGAUAUUCCAACGUGGCCAGGCUCGCGACUACUUGGAGACACUAUCGCCGGAAGAACGAGAACAAACUUUGGAAUCAGUGCACCGGUUGGUGCAGCAAGAUCAGCAGCAAAGGGCAUCAUCCAAGUACUACGAGAUCCGAUGGCACAGGAGAUUCAUCCCACUAGUGCACUUGCAAUACUCGAGAAUAUGGCAGACCGUGACUUUAUCGAACUUUGUCCGUGUGGUUCGAGCCGCUGCUCAGAGAGCAUUGAAGUUCCUAGUCAAGGCCGUGCGAAUAACGCUUUUCAUAGUUGCAGCCCAAUCCUAUUUCCGAGGCAUGGUCAGCGUCAUCUUUUCAUUCUGCGACGUGAUGACGUUCAACGACAACUUUUUGAGGGACUUGUUGACGUAUGCUUUCCAAGAUGCACCAAGUAUCUUGCGGCAUCGAGAAGCGUUGGCCGCCCACAAGGGAGACAUUUUCUACUUUUACAACCUCGAAGAGUACCAGCACUUGUCCACGUUGCAAAGCAUCAUCUUUGCGGUUAAAAACCACUUUGCUUCGAUGUUGGUGGCCACUUGCACCAAAACUGACAAUGGAGACGCAAUCACGUGCCGGCCCUACACAAACACCCUUAUAUUCAAAGUCCAGGACGUUGUGGGCAACUGCUACCCUCGCUUGUCCAAGGGACUAGUGAUGAUGGUUACGGUUCUGUUGUACUUGAUCUAUGCCACAAUAGGAAACCUCGUCUGCAUGAACAUCUUUAUCUUUUACACCUCGAACUUGCUCCUCAAGUGGAUGAGGGUGGCAUCUGUUGCCAAAAACUUGUUCUAUGUUGUAUGGACCUCCUUUUUCGAUCUCAUAGCAUAG